AUGAAUGUUCAAAGGAGAAAAAACUCACAGACACAUAACGAACGCCACUGGGACCAUGGGACCCACCGUGGAUCCCAACAUGUCCCCCAGGGGACUCUAGGUAGCUCAAAACAACUUUCUCACCACCACCAUCAAAAGCAUGGGGGACGGCAUGAUCAGCACAUAAUGAUUCCGCAAGCUCCACGAAAAAAUUACCUUCAUUUUCUGGAAGAGAAACGAAGAUUACAGUUCAAGAAAUUCCUCCUCCACAGAAUGUUUCUUGUGGCCAAGAUAUCAGCAAAUGCAGAUAAGAAAAAAAUUACUGAGUACUUUGAGCAACUAUAUCAACAUAUAUUCAAGUGUCACGUGGGAGAAAACGUGACUGGGAUCAUCCUUAUCUAUCCUACGACCACUCUCCUUGUCAUUGAGAGCUCCACUGGGACUCUUUACCGACUUCUUCAAGACUACGUUUCUCAUGAAGAAGAUGAACCUGGUUUUUUGCUCCAAGAUCUUAAAAUUUUAGUUGUGUCUCAUAACAUUCCGACAAGACUCUUCAUGCAGUGGUACACCUCUAUGAUCACUGUGCCAGUCAUGUAUCUGGAAGAUAUCACACAAUCACAAUCUAAAGAUGAGGUGGUUUCUGAAUGCCUCACCCUGGCACUCAAGCUGGGUGUGUAUCUCUUAAGGAAUGUUAAGGUGGGCACCAAAGGACCAGGAGAUACCCUGUACAACCUUGUGCCUGAACUUAUCCCCUCUGAAGAAAUAAUAAAGUAUCUGUGCAGAGCUGAAGGCUUUCUCACACCUGCAGAGUUUUUAAGACUGUAUAACAAGCCUAUUCAUGUAACAUUGGAUGCAGAAGUUGUGUGGCCUGCCCCCACACUGCUAUAG